AUGUCGGACAGAUUCCGCGGGUACGACGACGAGUACGGCUACAAGAGCCGCGACCGGGUUUCCAGCGGCGAUGCGGAGUACUACCGCAAGGAGAAGAAGUACCACGACGACGACUACCACGAAGACCGUGACCGCCAGCGGACCAAAUACAAUGACAGCAGCGAGAGCUUCGACCGCGCCUCGACCAAGGGCAUCAAGAAGGAAUACAAGCAGCUGUGGCCGCGGUCCGGCGACUCCAAGGAGUUCAAGGACUACCUCCGAACCGAGCGGACUGGGUACUUCGAUCCCCCGUGGCGCCGCAGCCGUGAUGACCAAAAACGACAAGACGCGACGAGAGACAACCGCCACGCCGACCGGGAUCGACGGUCGAAUCGCAUUGAGACAGAGGACUUUGGAUACCCCUCGGACAACCUUAUCCGGCGCGACUAUAGAACCGCGAGGAACGUUCGAGACGAUCCCUUCGGUGACUCGGGUGGUGGCGGUGGUGGGAGUAGUCCCGGUCGCGAGGAUGAGAUGCGACGGGAUCGAUACUAG